GAGCGCAACUCAAGCAACCGGAAUAAAAAGCCUGGACGCCAUCAGUUACGCACAUGAAAUAGCCGGCUAAAAGUUGACUGGAUAUACUGGUCUCAUAAUGGCAGGGAGCAUAAAGAAGUUCUACGACUUUUCUGCAAAGCUACUGACGGGCGACUUGUUCAACUUUUCGUCGCUGAAGGGGAAGGUGGUACUCAUUGAAAAUGUCGCGUCGCUCUGAGGCACGACCGUCAGGGACUACACCCAGAUGAACGAGCUCCAUACGCGCUAUGCUGAGAAGGGGCUAGUGAUUCUGGGGGUGCCCUGUAAUCAGUUCGGACACCAGGAGAACUGCCACAACGACGAAAUUCUCAUGUCCCUGAAGUACGUCCGUCCAGGCAACGGCUUCGAGCCCAAAUUCCAGCUGCUGGAGAAGGUGGACGUGAAUGGUAAGGACGCCCAUCCGUUGUUCCCCUUCCUGAAGGAGAAGCUGCCUUUCCCCAGCGACGACUCCACGUCCUUAAUGACCGACCCCAAGUUCAUCAUCUGGAGCCCCGUCUGCAGGAACGACAUCAGCUGGAACUUCGAGAAGUUCCUCAUCGGUCCUGACGGAGAACCGUUUAAGCGUUACAGCAGAAAAUUCCUGACAAGUGACAUCGAGGGCGACAUUAAGAAGCUUCUUGGCGUGGCGUAAUAACCCCUUCUGGCGUUGAAUCCACAGAGGCAAAGUGCGGGUGGUAGGUGGGAAUUAAAACCCCCUACACUUAGAUUAGGAAAAACUCCUGUCAUGUUAAUCUAAGGUCACUUAUUGAUUGUAGUCUCGUCAUCAAGAUAAAACGCACAAACUCCACUUUUUUAUCUCAACCAUUUUUCUCCAUCACGUAAAGCAUAGCUUGCCUAUAUUGCCUCUGUAAUGAAAUGCCUAAACUGCCUAUGGUCUGUAAACUCGCUGUGCUCUACUGUGCAAAAUGCUGCUGUCGUUUUGCCUCUUUACUGAAUGAAGGCACCCUUUGAAAGCUUUGACGGGGGGUGUCUGAUGAAAUUGUAAAGAGCUUCUCCUUACAGUAGGAUUUGGCCCAUGUAAAGCACAGUUGAGCUUAUCAGUUUUUGCUGGACAAAUAAAUAUUAAUUUUAUCAA